ACACACACACACACACACACACAAAGCGGGGUCCUCCCAAACAGAGCCGCUUUCAUCGUGUGAGUCAACACGAGAAGUAGCCUCGACACUGUAGGAAACUAGGAAACAUUGGACCUCUGCUUGUUGGACGAGGAGGAGGAGGAGGUGUCUUGUCUGCCCGCCUGCUCUCCCGCUCUCGCUCUCUCUCUCUUUCUCUCUCUCUCUCAAUCAACGAGCCUUCUACCACCAGAGCCAAGAGUUGCCGUUCCGCGCACCGAUGCCAAAACGCGCAGGAGGAGUCAGUGCCAAAGGGUCAUUUUAGCGCACUACUGCUGAAAUGGAAGGACUGUAGGGAAUCCUAGAAUAAACAGCAGCCAUUUGACCCCAGAUGAUAUAAUCAUAUCAUUAAAACUAAGAAAAAGGAAAGGAGGCAAAGAAGUACCCAUCACCAGUGGAGUGCCUCAUCUGUCACCGCGGUCGCUGCAGAGGUGUUGCUUUUCUUCCGAAGACGCUGCAGGACAUUGUGGACAAACUGGUCUUCCAUCGAUCUUUAUUGCGCUCCUGUCCACCUCCCCGAGCGCGCGUCAAAGUUGAAGACUGUGAACAGUUAGAGGGAUUAAAGGAGAGAGGAGGGGGGAAAAGUUGGUCACCUGCGAGCCAGAGAGGACCGACACCACGGUCCAAGCCGACUCCAAGUGCCGUUCACCGGGCGAUGCCAGAGUAAAUGCCGGGGCAAUGUCCCGCCGCAAGCAGGUGAACCCGCAGCACUUAUCGUUGACGCACAGGGAGACAGUACGAGCAGAGGCCAAUCAUGAUUCAGGGGCGGGAUCUCCGGAGCAGUCCAGCCCCAGCCCUCGGAGGAUGGGCCCCGGGGAGCACGAUAUGCUGACCUGCGGCCAGUGCCAGACCAACUUCCCUCUGGGCGACAUCCUAGUUUUCAUCGAGCACAAGCGCCGUCUGUGUCGGGGGCCCGGGAGCAGGCUGGGGUCCUUCUCCAAGCCUGGAGAGUCUGAUGGGAUCACUGGCAUUCCCUUGUCACCCAGGGUGAGGUCGCUGGAGCUGGGCAGAGGGUCCAUCCCGGUGGAGGUGGGCAUCCAGGUGACACCCGGCGGAGAGGAGGAUCUGCAGAGGAGGCUGACGCCGGCCAGAGGGAUCUGCCCCAAGCAGGAGAGAGGAGAAAAAGAUGAGCCGUCCAGCUACAUCUGCACCACCUGCAAGCAGACCUUCACCAGCGCCUGGUUCCUGCUGCAGCACGCCCAGCACACUCAUGGCAUCCGCAUCUACCUGGACAACCACCCGGCCAACUGCUCCCUCACUCCCCGCAUGGCUCUGCCUCCGCCGCCGUGCGCCGACGCUCUGCCCCGCUCCCCUCUCCCCACUUUCCUCGGAGACAACAACCCGUUCCACCUCCUCCGCAUGGCUGCGCCCCUGCUCAGGGAACACCCCCCUCCCCCGGGGUACAUGGAGGACCGCAUCCCUCCGACCCCCCCUUUUGCCAGCCCUCCCCCGCCCCCGAGACCCCCGCUAGAGCGGCUGGGCCCAGAGGAGAUGGGGCUGCUUUCCCAGCACCCCAGUGCCUUUGAGAGGGUGAUGCGGAUGACCCCCAUGGAGCCUCCGUCCAUGGACUUCUCCCGACGUCUGAGAGAACUGGCGGGCAACACGACCAAUAACGGAGGGCCCACGCCUCCUCUCUCGCCCAACCGCGUGCCGCCCAUGCACCGCUUGCUGAGUCCCACGCUUUUCCAGCCUGGCGCCAAGCCCCCGGCGUUCCUCACCUACGCCCCGCAGCCACCCACCUCUCAGGGGGGACACGGUUCUUCCAGCCCUCCCGAUUCCCAGAAUCAGAACCCGGGGAAGUCCAAAUCCUGUGAGUUCUGCGGCAAGAUCUUCAAGUUCCAGAGCAACCUGAUCGUGCACAGACGCAGCCACACGGGGGAGCGGCCGUACAAGUGUCAUCUAUGUGAUCACGCGUGUUCUCAGGCCAGCAAGCUCAAGAGGCACAUGAAGACACAUAUGCACAACAAGUCCGGGUCCAUGAGCGGCUCCCCAGAGCAGGGGAACAGAGAGGAGGGACCAGAGAGCGAGGAGAAGAGCAGGGAGGGGAAUACAAGAGGGAUGGGGAUGGACAAUGAGGAGGAGGAGGAGGAAGAGGAGGAGGAAGAAGAGGAGGAGGAGGAAGAGGAGGAAGAGCUGAGGAACGGGAGUCGGCCAGAUUCCAACCUAAGCGAGGACUCGCAGGAGUUCAGCCAGAACAGGGAGAACGGCCCCAGACAGGAGGAGAAACCCCUGAGCGAGGACAGAGUCAGUGACAGCGGCGGGGUCGGCAUCAUGCACCCGUACAACCACCUGGACAAUCACCUGAGACUGAACCCCAACAAGAGGAGCCUGGAGAGACAGCCCAACGGAGACGGCGGGGAGAGGGGCGAAGAACGAGAGAACGAGAGGGAGCCGGACCGAGAGCAGGACGAGCAGACGGCCCAGCGGCCUGUGAUGAACGGCAGGAUCAGCGUUUCCGAAGCAGACUCCUUUCCCGGACUGUUCCAGCGCCGGCCCACCCCCAUCACCAGCCCGAGCCCCUCCAACAACAAGAGAAUCAAGAUAGAGAAGGAGCAGCUGGAGCUUCCCCCGACUCUACCCCUCAUCUCCCCGGAGAACGUCUACUCUCAGCUCCUGGCUGGCUACGCUGCUUCACGCCACUUCAUCAGAGAACCCUUCCUGGGAUUCACAGAUUCCCGCCAGUCGCCGUUUGCCACCUCCUCUGAGCACUCGUCCUCAGAGACAGGAAGCCUCCGCUUCUCCACCCCGCCAGGGGAGCUAAUGGAAGGAGGAAGCGCCUCAGGCCGCAGCGGCAGCAGCACCCCUCACCUCAUGCGUGGCCCCGGACCCGGGCGGCCCCCGAGCUCUAAGGAUCGACGGAACGACACCUGCGAGUACUGUGGCAAAGUGUUCAAGAACUGCAGCAACCUGACGGUGCACCGCCGCAGCCACACGGGGGAGCGGCCCUACAAGUGCGACCUGUGCAGCUACGCCUGCGCCCAGAGCUCCAAGCUGACGCGCCACAUGAAGACCCACGGGCAGUUUGGGAAGGAGGUGUACCGCUGCGACAUCUGCCACAUGCCCUUCAGCGUCUACAGCACGCUGGAGAAACACAUGAAGAAGUGGCACGGCGAACAUUUGAUGGCCAGCGAGGUCAAACUGGAGCAGGCGGACAGAGGUUAAGCCACCAACCAUUAGUUAUACAGCCGACAGUGUACACAACACUCACACACACACACACACACACACACACACACACACACACACACAGAAUCCCUAUAACCACUUCUUCAGCUACGGGGCUUGGCUGGAUAAUCUCUCUCUCUCUCUUAAAAAAAAAUUUGAGACUGAUUGAUGUUCAUCUUUUUUUCUUGUCACAGAAACUGCCACCUGAGAAUAUAAACAAAGGGAAACUUUAAUGAGAACUUGUCUAGAAUGCACAACUUGGUGUUUCUUGGCAAACUGUCUGAGGAUUUUAUCAGUUAGGAAUCCAUGGAGCCUUUCUACUGUGCAAUAAUUUCUGUAUUUAUUGGAUUUUUGUAAUGAUAUUUGGCAUGUGCAGGUACAUCUUUGUGGGAUUUCAUAUGGAGUUAGUUUUGAAAAUGUGCUAAAACAUUUUUUUUUUCUAAAAAUGCGAUAACUGGAAAGAAGUCACCCUUAAUACAAUUUGUUUUUCUCUCCUUUAAGGAAGCUUAUUAUCAUGUGUGAGUAAAAUUGUGCAAAGCGUUCAGCUUUUUAAACGAAGAAAAAAAAAAUUUGUUUUCUAUAUAAACUGCAGCAGCGGACUACAAUCCACUCCCUCAUACAAGCACUGAAUGUCAGCCUGACAAUAAAACAUCGUGCUGGAUUUUAAAAAUCCACUGUUAUCUUAAAGACCUGAUAAGUUGAAUUUAUUCAGGGAAUUUGUCCUUUUGAAUAUUGGCAUGUGAACAGUUUCAAAAUGCAGUUACUGUAUUGCUGUCCUCGCAUCAGUCGGGACAUAAAUAAAGGUUGCACUUCAAGGAGGAACCCUUAACUGAUGCUCAGAACAUUCCCAAUGUAGGAUUAAAAAUACCAUAUUUAAUAUGUUGACUAAGUUAAGACUACUUGUGAUCGAUGUGAGAAGGAGAACAGUCCUGUUUAUGGUUUGUAAAUAUAUUCUUUUUUUUUUUUGAUAUGUUAAAGUAGCCCCGACUGCGCGUGAACGAUGGCCUAAAACAAUCAGAAGACCAGCUGCUUGCAUCAUCCACAGUAUAUGCUAAGUGUAACUACCAUUCAUUAUUGCUUUAUCACUUGAUUAUCUCCCCCACUCCCCCCGCCCCACGUGUGCCAACUCAAAGGCAAUUUGUUAAAGCUACUUCAACAAUUGUAACGCUUUCUAAAUCGCCUCCCUCUGCUGCCGACACCGCCGCCGUGUCUCUCUCUGACCCGUGUCCCCCUCAGGAUCCACAAAAUGGCUCCAAAUGAAAUUCAUAUCAAUACGUGUUAGCGUGUGUGUUCUUCUCUCCGCGGCGUGCUCUAAGCCUCUCUCUCCGACGGCGUCUUUUCACAGUUCACUAGCUCAGAUUCAUGCAUUAGAGCGGCUUUUAAAAGGGAAGCCUGUUCAUUCGCCUCACAAAGUGAUAUGGGUUUAACUCGCAGUAACAGAUUUUGAGACAGUGUGCGUGCUCGCGACUUUUGGGGAUUACGUUUUUUUAUUUUCUGCAUCGUUCAUCCUGAAAUGAAUCUGGUACAGAGAGGCUGUGUGAGUUAUGAUAAUUUUGAGCACAGCUGCAACUGGGGGGACGGCCGGGCGACCUUGAGCAGCGGCUAUGCUGAUAGUCAAAGUGAAAGAUUGGAACGAAAGAAAUGAAGAAGUGUGAGAAUCAGAUGGAAAGAGAGAGAGAGAGCGAGACCUUGACCGGGGAGAAGAGUCAUUCAAAUGAAAUUGAAAGCAUAUGAAAAGUGUUUUUUUUUUCUUUAUUGUACCCAAAUGCACAUCUACAGUGGCCACAUGUUAUAACGGACCAUCAGAGUGAGACAGAGCGAGCGUGAGAGGGAGGGAGAAGCCACAUGAAAGGAGAUUGAGACGACAUCUUUUAUUUUAGUUUUGCAAUCGUCACAAUCAUCCUCAAGUGUGACCUCCUGUUUUGGAUGAUUGUCAGGUUUUAUCUGCGCCAUUUUGUUUCGACAGAAUCUGUACCUUGGAUACAAAUCCCAUUUUUUUGUGAUUUUAAGAAAGGACACAGCAACUCUGCAGAAGUGGCUUCUAUGUAUUUUAGCACAUGAGAGCAAAAAAAUCUAAACCCUGAUGUAGAUGCUCAGUGCGUUAAUUCCAGGAAAAAACUCACCUCGGUUCGGCCAAAACGAGACAUACAGCCAUGAAAUUCAUGAGCAAGGACCACACCGUCAACAAGAUGUGUUUUACAGUUUUGCUCCGACUGCUUGUAGCUCAUUUGCCAAAUGCAUUGUGGGAAAGCUUUGACAGGGAAUUUGCUGUAGCACCAGGGCACGACGAAGACCCUGAGAAGUGUAUGUGGAGGAGAGGCAGGAGGGAGAGGCGAAGAAUACGAGGGCAGAGCAUGAGGAGAGGGUUAGGGCUCAUUUACGCUCCACUUUAGCUGCAUACAAAGAUGGAUUUCAUCCACAUUUAUGCAUGUUUUCUUAAAGCUUUUGAACAAAAAGGGGGCAGUACCACCACAGAUUGUGUGGUCAUAAUUCGAGCGAGAUAUGACUGUAGGAGAUGACGAAGACAUUUUAAAAAAAGGCGGAAAGAAAUUAAUCGGUAAUAUAGUGAAAAGAAUUCUCCGUCCACAUGUCACAGUAUAUUUAAUUGAAAGAUGCAUUUGUUCACUCCUUCACCAUCACCACCUGCAGCAUGUUUUCAUCCCAACUCGUCAAAUACCGCCGCUUUGUCAAGGACAUGCAUGUUAAAAUAUGCCGCUUACAGCUUACAGAAGCUUACAGAUAUGGACAAAAUGGAGCAGUCCCGCUGGGAUCGUGGACGAACAGAACGAAUCGGUAAAUAUAGUAAAAAGAAUUCUCUGUUCACAUGUCGUGAUGUAUUUAAUGGCGUCACAAACCACCACCGUCUGCACAUUGCCUCCGUUAAAAGAUACAUUAUUACGACCUCCUCCACCGUCGCUUCGUUUGCUGCGACAUGUUUUCAUCCCAACUCGUCGAAUACCGAAUGUCCGCUUUGUCAGCGGACACAUACGUUAAUAUAUUACACGCUGGGUACCUUCCUGUGUCUGUUUUGGAUGUUUAUGGACGGCGUGUCAUUGUACACUUAAAUACAUGCAUUGUGUAAUAAACUUACAGCGUAGGUAAAAUACUAUAAAUAUAAAGUUGAUUUCCGUAGAUUCCCAGGUGAAAGUCCAGAGUUUGUUUGACCCAUCCACCUUCCCUUCCGCCUGCCAUAUACAAACUUUGUCGCUCUUUGUAUCACUGUAGUUGGCGGCAUCUUCCCCAAAUAUUGCCGCCAAGUGCGUAACAUACUGCCUUGAAGGAUGCCUCUGUGUCCAUGUCCGACACCGAUGGCACCGAUGCCAAUGUCCACCAACGCCAAUGUCCACCAACGCCAAUGUCCACCAACAAAGCAGCAAUAUCUGAGUUGGGUUGUUGGCCAUUGCCUCUAAAACGUACUCGCCCGGUGCGUAUCAUACUGCCAUUAAAGGGCGUCUCUCCGUAUCUGUGUCUGACACCAACGUCCACUGAGAUCAAUGUCCAGUGAGUGGUGGUAUUUGACGAGUUUUAGGCAAGAGCGGGUUGUUUGUCUGAAACUUUUGACCUUGAGUGCCAUUUAUUGAUUGCAUCUGUGCCAUUACAAAGGGAAACAUCAGUUUUCGUUCGUAUAAAUGAGCCAAAAGGUAGAUACUUUAUGCAGUAAGUGACAGAGUUGAGGUGUGGUCCUGCUCCCGAAAUUCGGAUAGCUUCGAUAUAUCACAUGCAAACGAUGAACAGUUGAACCCAGAUCCCACACAGACAUUCAGUCUUGCAAAAUGUUUACAGUGUUGAAGUACGCCAUUAAUGAAAUACUCUGUGUAAGUGUUUAAAAAUUAUGAUAAAGUAUUGUUUUCUCCAAUGUUCUUUCAAAUGUUUUUGAAUGCCAUAGCAGUUUUGUAUGAUUAUCCUGGUGGAGGGAUUUUAUCUUCAUGUUUCUGUAAUUGUUCACUGUAAUGGGAAGACAACUUUUGAAAUGUAAUAUUGCAGAAUCAUGCCAGAUUAUUUUUUUUUCUAUCAAGAGUGGUGCCAUUAUUGACUUUUGGUCUCUUUCAAUGUUUUUUUUUUUUUUUUUUUUGAAUAUAUAUUUAAUUUUAAAUGAGUUUCCUGUUGUUGGUUUGGUGAAGCCAUCCUCCGUGGAUGUAAAACGAAAAUGAUUAAAAAGAAAAUAAUUACCAGAAUGAGAUGAUCCUAAAGGAACAACCUUCGGCAGGGGAGCAGAGAGCUUUGUGCGGGAAAUCCUUUUUCCAAAUCAAUUUUACGAGACAUUCACAAACAUGUUUUUGUUUUUUUUUGUUUUGUUUUCCUCAUGGUUGGUUGAAGGUCUUGUGACGGCACUUGCAACUGUAAUUUUAAAUGCAUUUUCAUACUUCACUUUUCACGACUUUCACUUUCACACUCUUUGUACAAAAUAGUUUUCCUUGUUCUUUUUUGGGGGGGAGUGCAUCAUUGUGGAAAAAAGUGAUUUCAGAACAGUACACAUCUGCUGUUUUGAACAUAUAUGUAUUUUUGUAAUGUGUUGAAAAAUCAAUACAAGAAAGCCAACACUUCAAUAAAUGUUGCAAUUGCUCUAUGAUUGAA